GUCGCCUCGAGUCGACGUAGGGAGGUACGGUACCGAUGUUUUGGACAGGCAGGACUUGAGGGGCUGGGUUUCGGGAACACUGAGUGGUGGUGUUCAGAAUGUUUCAGAAUGUGUCCGAUUUUGCUUUAUAAAGGACAGAUAUGAUAUGUUGGUUCAUGUUUUUCGCACCUUUACUUGGAAGGAUUGAGCCCACCGACUCAUAAUGACUCAAUAUAUAGUUUCUUAAGUGAGUGAACCAUGUUGAAACUACCAACCAGAAUAUUACUUCACUUGAAGAGGUGGCGGCUGCCACGGGGUGUUGAUUUGAAGCGUGGCUUUGAGUUGGAUUUCCGUGGCAAGCGAUGGGGUGUUCAACGAUAUGAGGACCUCUCUCCUGGGCUCUUCAUGUCUUUUCGGCACCAAUCUAUCUAUCUGCACGCACGGCAAGUCUGCGAUCGUGCACAGCUUCAGAGAACGGUGGACCGAACAGCCGGGGCGCGCGGGGACCGAAAAGCCGAGGAGAUGGCUGCCUUCAAAGACCUCGUCGAAGCGCGACUCACCUUCGUUCGUACGGCGCCAUCGCCAGGUGAGCGAGGGAAGCCGAUGGAAAAGGCUUCUCCGCAAGGCACUGAAGGCACGUCCAAAGAUGACGUGACGGCGGAUGUCUUGAAGCCACCGUCCUUCGCCCAGGGCGGAUAUUUGCUUGACGCUUCGGGCAGCGGUUGGUGCGCAACCCCGGGCGGUGGGCGGUGGGCAGUGGUGACCGUUGGUACGAACGAACACCGUGACGGAAACCUGUUCCCGGAUGCGAAGAAAACACCACGGUCACCACUUUGAACAUACACCCUGGAAGACGAUCCCAUGGACCCUGAAAACCACUGGUUGGUAGAGGAAAACCAUCUUCCAGGGGGCCAGGACAUCAGGGUCUAUGUUAGUUUUCGUUGAACAUGUCUUAACAGUUUUCAUAUUAUGUGGCUGGUUUCGUCAUGGCACCUCCAGAAACCAAACCAUGGUAGGUUGACAUCCCUUGUAAUUAUUGGAGCAAUCUGUUCAUUUCCGGUGUUCAUAUUUUGACAUUGGGUCUGUUGCAGUAAACCUGUAGCAAUCAGUACAGUAAACAAGAACAUCACUUAACUAUAUAUAGAUUUUAGAGAAAGGCCUGCAGCCUGACCAUCAUCCACUGGACCCUGGUAAUAGGAUAGGCCCAAUCUUAACAGAUCAGUAUCGAACGAUGAUCAAAGUAAAGGAGGGUGUUUUGUUAUGUGUAAUCUAGUUGUUUAAACUGCAAGCGUUUGGUUUUUGGAUGAUCGGGUCACUGAAGCUUGCAAAAUCUCAUGAAUGUGUCGCGGGGACUUGGUCAACUUGAUGCAUAGCUGCAUAGAGUUAUAGUGAAUAGGCGCAAUGCGUGCCAUUCACACUCACGCGGGCUACUGCUGGAAUAUGGACGCUUUGGUUUGCCAUUUGAAAAACGAAGAGCAUCAGGGCGUCAAGGUGUCGUUUCAUGCCUUCUUCGCCUUUGACCCCCAAAUCGCCGGGCUCGUGCUCUUCGUCCACCGCACCAAGCGUUGGCCUUCUCGCCCUCACUGUUGGCUCAGCUUCAAAGGGGUUGGGGGAAGCUUCCCCCCAAAACGGACCCAACGGACCCAAC